UAAAAACAUCACAUUACUUAUGUAAGUGGGUGUUUGUCGUGACUUUGCAAUCUUCCUCCCCGUGUUUGGAGCACAGUUAUUUUGGCUCUCCACAGUCGGGGAACAUUAGUAACACCUUGCAUUAGAUUUCUCAUUUCUGCUGAGCUUGCAUCACCUGUUUACCGAGCGCGUACAGAUGCAUCUGUGAGAACAAAUGUUCAUUUGCAGUGCUGCUGCAGAAGAAAAGUAACCCACAGAGACAGACCUGGGAUCAGGUUACACUUUUCAUGGGGUUAAAAACAAUCAGCAGAACCAUCCAAUCACUGAAGACGUCUCAGCUAUCCUUUCCCGAUCACAGCUUGGGUUGGAUGCCGAUUGUUAACGCCACAUUACCGUUCUCCAAUCCACGACUGGUGUUAGUCCCUUUGGAGCAUUUUUAAAAGCCACUGGCCUCACAGAUGGAGAGCUACAUAGAAGAGGUUUUGUGAAGCUUGAGGUGAGCAGAGACUGCAUGACACUGGAGAUUGUGUUAAGCUUUCCAGCAGUUCCUCUCCACGAUGUCCAACACCACCCUGAGCCCUGCCUCCAGCCUCUUUGAUAACUCCACCACAACCGGUGGCCCCCUCGGACCUCCACCUUGGUACCAGUAUCCGGUCUGUGCCGUUGCCCCUUACGGCUUCAUUUUCUACUUUGGGGUCAAGGUGUUCAACCUGGCCAUCGGGACGCCGUGUAACAUUCUGGUUAUCUGGAAGAUCGUCAGCAAUAAGAGCGACGCGUCCACCUGUGACAUCUUCAUCUUCAACCUGGCCAUCUUGGACGCCUACUUCUGUCUGAUGACGCCGAUAGAGAUGACCAACCGGCUGCUGCUGGGUGACAGUCGCAUUUGGUACGCUCAGAGGUUCGCGUACGGGAUCAAGGAUGUGGCUCCACUCUUUCUCGUUUGUAUCUGCCUGGACCGCUACAUGGCCGUGGUCCACCCUGUAGUGUUCAGCGGAAUCAGAGAUAAUAAAAUCCGGACGGGCAUUUCAGUGGUGGUCUGGGGCCUCAUCCUGGCGUACGGCUUCACCAAGUGCUUCCUCGGAGUCAUGAGCGUCAACGAGGUCUUCAGCGGUGUCAUUCUCUUCUCCUUCGCGGUCAUGGUCUUCUGCAACAUCUCGGUCAUCUGGGUCCUCAGGCGCUCCGUGGCAGGAAAGGAGGAGAUGCACCCGGUGAAGAAGAAGGCCUUGAAGAUGGUGCUGAUCAUCCUCGGCAUCAUCGUGUCCAACUACCUCCCGCCUGUGGCUCUCAUGCCGUUCGUGCCGUACUACACGUUCGUGCAGUUCCGCUGCCAGAUCAGCAUCAGCGUGUUCUCCAUCAUGGAUCUGAGCUGCAGCAUGGAGCCGCUCCUCUACAUCACGAAAAUGGAGCGUGUGGGCGGAGGGUGCUGUGGAGGGAGUGUGACUAAGAAGUCUCAGGAUGUCAAGGUGUGAUCAAGCCUGAUAUUUAAAACUUACUUUACUUUCUAUGGAUGUUUUUCUAAUUCUUACCUUGUAUAACUAAAUAAACACAAUAACUGCAAAUGAACUUUGAAUUAAAAUAACGUCUGCUCUUU